ACGUAAAGUCGAAAAGUAGCCCUUGUAUGCCUGCCCAAUCCAGCUGGUUAGGUUUUCAACACUAAUACCCGAAUGAAAGAGCGAGAAACAGUUGGAUUGAAAUUUGAAACAUUUUAUUGUUUCAAAGAAGUUUACGAAAUGGGGAACUUAUCUUGGGAAAAUCGGACUACUUUCCCAGUGUCGUUAUCCCUUCGUCGAGACACAGUCAAGUUAAGUGUAGUUUGUGAGCGAUUCAAUUUAGAGGAAAGUGGCUGGUUGGAACAAUGGAAAGCCUGGGGUAUCAACCUUCUGGUAAUGAGAGCGAUGGCAGCACAGGGGAUUCCUCUUCUUCGGAUGAAGACGACAAACCUGGUGGUAGCAGGAGCCAAAACGAGUGCACGACGCCACACAUGAGCCCGGAAUCAAGCAGGAGUCCUACUAGAGGCAAUACUCCAUAAACUCUUGCAGCACAAAAUCUCCUAAACCCUUUGUUUAAAGGAAAUCUUCAACAAAAUGGGAAGCCAAACUCAAGCACGGAUGAAGCAACAAGACUGCAGUUACAAAAUCCACAAAGCUUUGCAACUAUAAAGAUGAGCGAGCUGAGUAGUAUUAUAAACAACUCGAUACUACAACCUAUCACAAAGGAGGAGAGCCGAUCAUCAAGCAAUGGAUACAUAUCUCCUCCUUCAGCUGUUGAUCAAUUUCAUCUGAACAUUAAUUCCGCGUUCGAAACGAUAAUCAAGAACCGAGCCAAGAUUAAAAGUGUGAAACCUCUAACCCACAAAGAGCCUGACAGAAAGUCGAUGGAUACCCAUAAGCCUCUCAUCGGACAACUGAUCAACGAUAAUGGUCAAAACAAUUCGGAUGUACGUCCUGUCAUGCAAAUGAAAAAAAGUAAACCAAUGGUACCCAACACGCAAAUUGCUCAUCACUCGCGGAGUAUUAAAGACUGCUGGGAAGAUGUUGGCCAGAAGGAAAGGUCAAGUCCUCACCGUUCGAGCCUCACCGAACGUCACACAAACGAAAAGGUGGAUCGGAAAAGAAUUCAUUCUAGGCGCUCAAGGGAGAAAAGAGCGGCUAAGACUGACGAGCGUAGCCGGUCGAGAUCCUCCAAGCACUCAGGCGAGAAAAGUACGGCAAACACUGACGAGCGUAGCCGGUCGAGAUCCUCCAAGCACUCUAGCGAGAAAAGAACGGCAAACACUGACGAGCGUAGCCGGUCGAGAUCCUCCAAGCACUCUAGCGAGAAAAGAAUGGCAAAGACUGACGAGCGUAGCCGGUCGAGAUCCUCCAAGCACUCAGGCGAGAAAAGUACGGCAAAGAGUGACGAGCAGAGCCGGUCAAGGGCAUCCUCAUCCCAAAACGAACAAGAAGCAACAGCAACGAUAACGUCUGUCCGAGAGAGAUCUAGCUGUGAACCAGUAAAUUGGGAAACUAAAAGGCAAAACUCACCGUCAUCUUCUUCAUCUGCAAACCUACUUGAGCUGCUUCAAAAACAAAAAGUAUUGGCAGAAACGGAGGAAAUUCGGGUUAAUCUAAGCGGCAAGUUAAAAAGACACGCGAUUGAUGUUAACGAUGUCGAUGAAUCUUUUUUACUGGACAACGAGGAGCGUCGAAGGAUGAUAAUUCAAUCCGCAGCAAUCCAAUACGGGAUUGAAAACUUCUCGACACUUGUGAAGAAUAAUUCUCCUACGUUAUUUGCUCAAAUUGAGAUUGCCCAAGGCAGGCACGGUAUUAUUAAGAAAAUGAUGGCGGCAUGUACAACGUUUCGCCAGGCGUUGAAAACGUAUGGAAAGGAAUUAUCAGAUCUCGAAGAGGGGCUAUGGCUGAAAGAUUUCGAAAUGGCAAAAAAAAUGACAAGUAUUUUCAAAUUCGUACAUACAAAAUUUGAACCCGAUGUUGAUCUCGCUUUUGACUCAAUGUCAAUCGCCCCCACUUUACCGGCUAUAACCGUUCCUUCUAGCCCAGGGUCGGAAAUUAGUGAAGCAGAUGACUCAGACGAGCAGAGUUUGGGAAAUUCUGCCAAGCAGAAAAGAGGAGGCAGAGAAAAGGAGAUGCAGAGGCUACCAACCUGUCACAUUUGUAAAAUUAGUUUUACAACUGGUUACAGUAAAUCCAGACACAUCAGGGUAGCCCAUGGCAUUGGAACUUUCCAGUGUCCCUUUGUCGAAAAUAAGGACGGUAGAAUGGAGCAGUGCACGUAUUACACAUGGGUGAAGCAGGAUUUUGUUAAUCAUUAUACGGCAAGACAUUUAAGAGGAGGACAAGGUGUCAUCCCUGAAUUUAACCUGCACAAAUACGAGGAGGGAAAAACAGAUAAGCACAACUCGAGCAAAAAAUAAAAAUAAAGUUGAAAAUCAUCAGGAAUUAUGUAUGAUUGCAUGAUGUCCUUAAAGUUAAUAAUUGAGCUGCGGGUUCAAGUAUUUUCGUGUUGGUUUGUUUUUGUUUUAUGGCUUUUUUCACUAUGGAGGACUUUAAGCAGUGUUUUUUUCGUGCGUAAUUAUUUUUAGGUAUCCAUGCAUUGGAACAUUAUAAUAUUUUUUACGUUUUUGCAUUAGGAUUUCCUGUACCUUUGCAGAUAUUUCGUGGAUGUUAUUAAGCAAUGAAAAACAAUUUUGUGCAGGUCUUAUUUAAAAUCAGAAACAUUUUUUAUUUUAAAUGACAUCUCUAGUUAUGUUUUAAAUUCUAUUUGUCUUUAGUGUUUCUCGCUAAAAGUUUGUGUUGGUCAUUUUGUUUGUUACAAUUUAAUUCGCUAUUGUUAGUUUUAGUUUAUUAUAAUUUAUGACCAAUGCGAUAUACUUAAGCACGCUGGUCAAUGUAAUUCCAUAAUUUAGUAGUUAUGCACAUGCAAUUCUAGGGUAAGUCAUGACCGUAAGGCAAUAAAUUAUGUAUAUAUAUCUGGUAA